CUCCAGAAGUACACCAAUCCGACCCAUAUUUUAUAUAUAUAUAUAUAUGGAAACUGUUAUCGUACACUUUACCCUGCGUUCACACCUAUUAUUUGUACUUGGAUAAUUUCUACAAAUAAGAAUCCUUAGUUUUCAUUUUAAGAUGAAAUUAACCUUAUAGUUUGGUUAAGAGAAUUGGAAACUAGAGUUCACCCAUUAAAGAUUAGGGUAUAAUAUCAUGCCUCAAAUUCAAACUAAUUCAAUAUCUAAAUAACAAAAUGAACGGGCAUACGGUAAGGUAAGCAUACGCCAGACGUACGCUAGCCUAAACUAUAUAUAUGGUUCACGCUACGCCUGUUGUGUUGUGUUAUUUAGACCAUGACGGUUACUAGCAUAAACUAUAUAUUAUACCCGAACCAUGAGAUUCUUUCAAUUUUAUAAUAAUAACCGACGUUUCUGAUUCGUCAAAAUAUAUCAAGUAAAGAUAAUAGGUGUGAGCGCAUGUGUAUAGCAUACGCCAAGCAUAUGCUAGCCUUUGUGAUAUAUAUUGUAAAGACUGGUAAACUAUAAGAGUAUAGUAUACUCUAGGUGAACAGGAUGUUCGUACUUCGAUGAGCUCCGACAAAUCUCAAUAGUCAACUAUUGUUUUCUAUUAAAUUGAACUUCAAGUUUCGGUGUAGAGAAUUGGGGUUUGUGGUUAUCUAUUAGAGGAUAGAGCAAAGUAUAUAACUCAAACUCGAUUUAAUUCAUAGUCUAGAUAGAGAUAUCUCACUAAGAAUAUGUGGAGUAUAGUAUAAUCCAGUAAUACACCAGUCUGACCCAUAUAUAUAUGUAUAUAUAGAGAGAGAGAGCAUCCACAUUGGAAUUGCAUCAUGAGUUCAUGAAAUGAAAUUCAUUUGCAAUUGCAUCUUUGCAAGCUUGCAUCUAACUCAAUUAUGAGUUGCAAGCCACACUAUAAUUAAAUUAUUUAUUAUUUGAUUGUUUUAUGUUUAUAGAAUUGUAGUAAGAAAUCAAUUGCAAUUGCAAAUGAAAUGUAUUGAUGUAAUGUAAUUAAAAUGAAGUUAAAAUGAUUUGGAUUUUUUAAAAAUUGUGAAAUGACAAUAAAAACAACAUUUGCAAUUACGUUGUCGCGGAUGCUCUUAUUGCUUCCCCGGCAAACGUGCCGGGGCCGGUGCUAGUAAUGUAUGAAGUGGUUGAUGCGACGUGUCGUUUUGGAUUUUUCUGAAAUUCAUGGAGGAAAUGAUUCGUUUGGAUUUUUUUUUCUUUCCCUUUCUGGAUUCAAAUGCAUUCCCACGGAGAGAUUUUAUUUUAUUUUUGGUUUUAAGUGGAGGCUAGCCUGGUUUAUUUCAUCCAUAUUUGGGAAUUAAGGAGAAGCCAAUUUGUAGUUUAACACCAGAAAAAAAAAAGUUACCGUGCUCAACGGAAAAAGAGAUUUUCCCAUAAUUAUGGUUUAUAUAUGAUUGUGUUAUCUUCAAUAAACUAAUACAACCCCUUAUAAAUAUUUAUUAAGGAUACCAUAGUUCAUUCAUUAUUUCUAAUAUUUAAUUCAAAGCCGAACGAAAACUCAUAAAAAUUGUUCCAUCCAAAUCAGUCCUGACUUAUGUGCGAGUUUGGGGGUGGGAUAAGCUUGGGAAGUAUACUGUGAAAUCUGGGUAUCACAUCUGGCGGAAAAAGAAGCUAAAUGAGAUGGGAGAGAGGUACAUCCCAGUCGACUGGAAAAGAAUGUGCCACCUUCAUUUGCCACCUAAAGUCCGAGUAUUCCUAUGGAAAUGGGAGAGCAAUAUUCUACCUACAGGAGUGAAUUUGUCGAAGAGAAUUAGAGAGGCUUGUGAUGAAUGCCCUUUUUGUGGACUGCGCGAAACCCAGGAACAUAUCCUCAGGGAUUGCGACUGGGCAGGGAGAAUCUGGCGACCAAGCUCAUUGGGAACCCUCUUUUCAGAAGGGGAGGAGAAGUCAAGUGAGGAAUGGUUGUGCGACCUAAUUGAUAAAGUCUCGGAUGAUGAGUUAUGUUCGAUGGUUAUGGCGCUCUGGUUCUUAUGGAAGGAACGUAACAAUAAGCUUUUCAACAACUCUAAGUUAGAGGAAAGUGAAGUCAUUGCAAGGGCGGAAGCUUACCUGAAAGAAUUCCGAUCGGGUGUGAAAUCUGCAAGCCCGGCGAGAGCUACCCGCCAAGAGGCAAGAUGGGAGAAACUCAAGAAGGACCAUCUGAAGGCAAAUGUUGAUGCAACCAAGAUGAAAGAGGGAGGAACAGGGCUGGGUCUGGUGGUGCGAGAUGAUGAAGGAAGACUGAUUCUAGCAGCGGUGCGGCGAACGCGAGUAGACUGGGAACCAGAGAUGGCGGAAGCUCAGGCUGUUCUCUGGGAUCUCGAUCUGCUGCACAUCCACGCCAGCCAGCCAACCCUAAUUGAGUCGGACUGUCAAUCCCUGAUUCAGAAGCUGGAUCGGCGAGGAUACAUUGAGACGGAGCUGGGGGUUAUAGUGAAGGAGAUCAAAGGAAGGUGCUCAGAAAGAGGAGAUGUUCGAUGGCGUUUCUGGGGUAGAGGAGGAAAUGCCGUUGCGCAUGAAAUGGUAAGGGCGAAUUGCAGAUGGGAAGAGACUGAAAUUUCGGUGGGGAGACCCCCAAUUUGCAUUCUCAACAUUCUUGAGAAGGACUGUAACAACACUUUAUCGGUUUAAUUAAUAAUAUUCAGAUUUCUUUAAAAAAAAAAAUCAGUCCUGGCUUGUUAGGAUUGAACCGAGCAAAGCACUUUAUGGAUGAUGCACAUGUAAUUUAUGUUCGAAGUUGAUAUUUCCCUCCUGCUGAACUCCAUCUCUAAUUUUCAUAUUUCCUCUUUUGGCAAGACAUUCUUCAUUCUAAUUUUGAUAGGAUUGAAAUUAAUUAAUUUGGCCAAGUCAACACGAAACACGAGCUUCUGACAUAUAUAUGUGCACAACAUGUGAAUAUACCAUGAUCACUUAUAAGUACAUGGACCCCUCCUAUGAGCUGAGUACACAUUAUAAGUACAAAAUUUUAAGUGGAGAAAGACACAUUACCAAUGGCGGAUCCAGAGGUGGCCACCCGGGCCCCGGCCCAGCCAUUCUCUGGAUCCAUAGUUAGUAUAAGCCUUAUGAAUUUUUCGAUUUUAGAUAUUCGGGUCGUUGUUAUUUUAAAAUAAGAUUGGGUAUAAUUAGAAAAAUAAUUUAGAUGAACAUAUUCAAAAUCACUACUCUAAAUUUAGCUUAUAAAUUCUAACCCCAAAGGUUAUUCAUCUAAAAAACAAUGAAACCUAAAAAUUCAA